CGUUUCCAGAAGCUGUGAAGAUUUUCAGUGGAAGAUGGAGAGCCCACUUCUUUUAUUUCCCCAACUCAACAUUUCUGCUUCAAAGGAGAAACCCUAUUACAAAGUCAUGAAGCCAACAGUGAAAGAGGAGCCUCAUAAAGCAAGCAAGCCUGGAGCUAAGCAGAAGAGAAACAGGCUGAGCCUUCUCCUGCAGAAGUCUGAAUUCCAUGAAGGGGAGCAUCUGGGCAAACCUGGCAGCUUGGCAAAAGCAGCAAGCAGUGUGUCUCCUGAAGAGGCAGUGAAAUGGGGAGAAUCUUUUGACAAACUGCUUUCUGAGAAAGCUGGCUUGGAUGCCUUUACAAAGUUCCUGAAGACCGAGUUCAGCGAGGAGAACAUUGAGUUCUGGAUAGCUUGUGAGGAUUACAAGAGAAGCAAAACUUCACAUGAGCUUCUGCCAAAGGCUAAGACCAUCUACGAGACAUUCAUACAGAAAGAUGCUCCAAAAGAGGUGAAUCUGGACUUUCAGACCAAAGAAGCCACAAGUCAGAGCAUGGAGCAUCCCAUCCUCACCACCUUUGAUGCAGCACAGAACACUGUCUACAGGCUGAUGGAGCAAGACAGCUACCCACGCUUCCUGAGGUCUGACCCAUACCUAAGUUUGCUUAAGGGCAGGACUCCCACUCGCCCUGCCCUGAGGAGACGAUCACGCUCCUUUACCGUCAACGACUUCAAGGGGGUACGACCAGACUUCACUGUUUGGUAGCAGGGAAGCUCAGCCUGCACCAGUCCUGCCUACUGCAGCAGCUCCAAUGUGUCUUAAAAGCCAAAUCCUUAUCCUUAGCAGAUGCAAACGAGUGGAAGCCAAAGUUCUGU